CGUUGCGGCGCAGGGAAAAGCAACAUCACGCUAUCCGAGCACGUUGCGGCUCGCGGGUUCCCAAAGUUCAAAAAACGUUAUUUUUUUCUUCACGAAAAACCAAUAUUUCCCUUCUAUUUUAAAACAUUUUGGGGGUAUUUUUGGUAUUCCAUACUUGAGACUUCACUAACCUAAUUUCACUUCCCUUCUUUCUUGUUUACGUUCCCUUUUUCUUCGUUCACGUUGCCUUCUUCCUCGUUCUUCCUAUUCUUCGUUGCUCCUCGCUGCUGCUUUUGUUCUUCCACCACCAGCCGCGCCGCCUCCAGCUUCAUACACCACCAGCCGCGCCGCCUCCAGCUUCAUACACCACCAGCCGCGCCGCUUCGUUUUUUUUAUCUUUAGUUUUUCGUUUCUUUACCUAGAUUCCAUAACAAUCUCAUCACUUGCUAAUUAUCAAUCAUCAGUUUUGUUUCUGCUUAAUCAAGGCUGUGCCAAUGUCAAAUAUAGAUUCAGACAGAUACAAACCUCAUGUGGAAUUUGUGGAAGAAGCCAAAGAAGCACUCAUUGAUCUUAACUUGACCGAAUCCACUGAGCUUUGGCUCCUUAAGUUGCCCAUUUCGAACGAUUUGUUAACUGACAUUGACGGGCAGGAAUUGUCUCUCAAACUUCAUAAUGAGGGAAACUUGGGCACCUUUAAGGGCGCGUCUGGGAAAGCGUAUGAUUUCGUCAGCUUUGCUUCCCAGGAGCCGGAUGAAACAGUUUUCGUUUCCUCUGCUACAGAACAAAAAAUUGCUGGAAAAAUUACACGCCGAGUUUCUGUUGUCCAUUACCCUGAUCCUAAAGAACUGGAAGCAAAACAAGCACGUCGAAAUUCUGCAGCAGCCGCCACGAAUACAUCCCAAAUACAAAGUGAUUUUCGAGGAAGUUCACGUGCAUCAGCAUCAAAAAGUAGCAGAAUGAAGAGCUCAGUAUCUGAACUAUCUAAUACUCCAAAAAGAAGACCUUAUAAGAACAGAUCUAAUGGAAGACCUGCUGACGAGUCCUCACAUGGUCAUAGCACUGGUGUUUCCGCCAUGUCUUCUGAUCAUUCUAGCGGAGGAAAAUCAAAGAGAAGAAAAAUAUAAGGAAUAAUAUUUCGUUUUCUCCCAUUAACCACAUGUAUACUUUCUCGUGGGCCUUUUUAAUUUAUGGAAUUAAUAUAUGUUACAAAGGGAUUAUAGAGAGAGUGAGAUUGCUAUUUUGAUCGUGUCUUUGCCUCUUUCAUUUUUUUUCAAUUGGUUCGGUUUGACACAACGCCUAACCUGUCAGUUGCUAAACUUGUAUAACUUUGGAUCGUCGAUUUUUAGUGUUACCUAUUUUGUGUAAAGUUAGGUUAUCUUGUAUGAGGUGCUGAAAUUUUAAAUUUUGUAAAUUGUGCCCUUGUUCUAUUUUAUGGUUCAGUUCAUUAA